AUGUCAACCUUCACAAGCGACACGGAUGAGGCGGCUGCGCGGGAGGAGUGGCAGCAACGCCUCGGAAAAGACGCUGCGGUAUGGGAGGAAGGCGCGCUGCGCCACCGGUGGCGAAAGGCGGCGGCCAAACAACGCCACAUCAACAUCAGCGAUAGUGGUAGGUUCACUUUUGCCCCGAAUUUCUCUUUGCACUCACACACGCGCCAAAGCCAUGCCGCUGGGGAUGAGCGGGGCGCAUUGGAAAAGACACGCCGAUUAGUUGAGCGGGACGGUGCCCACACGGUUCUUUACAAUCCUAUCGCAACCGACCCAAAGACAUUUAGCGCGACUUUACAAAAGCUCAAAUGA